GCCGGGUGGUCCUUUCCUCCUCCUCUUCCUCCUCCUCCCCGCUUCCCUGCCUAGUCUCCAUAUAAAAGAGGCACCGCCUCCCCGCCCUCUCUCACUCCCCACUCCUCUCCGCCGCGCGCUCUAGGAGAGGGCGGAGGGGGAGGCGGCGCGCAGCGCCAGGAGGAGGGGAGACGCAGGGGGCGGAGCGGAGACUGCACCUUCGGAGAUAAUCCUUUCUCCUGCCGCAGAGGAGAGGAGCGGCCGGAGCGCGGCACUUCGCCGAGGCAUAGCAAGCCGGCAGGAUGGCGACCGUGGUGGUGGAAGCCACCGAGCCUGAGCCGUCCGGCAGCAUCGCCAGCCCGGCGGCGACCACCUCGCCCAGCCUGUCGCAUCGCUUCCUCGACAGCAAGUUCUACCUGCUGGUGGUCGUCGGCGAGAUUGUGACCGAGGAGCACCUGCGACGCGCCAUCGGCAACAUCGAACUCGGAAUCCGAUCAUGGGACACAAACCUGAUCGAAUGCAACCUGGAUCAAGAACUGAAACUUUUUGUAUCCCGGCACUCUGCAAGAUUCUCUCCUGAAGUUCCAGGACAAAAGAUCCUUCAUCACAGAAGUGACGUUUUAGAAACAGUGGUCCUGAUCAACCCCUCAGAUGAAGCAGUCAGCACUGAGGUGCGCUUAAUGAUCACGGACGCCGCCCGACACAAGCUGCUCGUGUUGACGGGGCAGUGCUUUGAAAAUACCGGAGAGCUCAUUCUCCAGUCCGGCUCUUUCUCCUUCCAGAACUUCAUAGAGAUUUUCACCGAUCAAGAGAUUGGGGAGUUACUGAGUACCACCCAUCCUGCCAACAAAGCCAGCUUAACCCUUUUCUGUCCCGAAGAAGGGGACUGGAAAAACUCCAAUCUUGACAGACAUAAUCUCCAAGACUUCAUCAAUAUUAAACUCAACUCCGCUUCUAUAUUGCCAGAAAUGGAAGGACUUUCCGAGUUUACUGAGUAUCUCUCAGAAUCCGUGGAAGUCCCAUCUCCCUUUGAUAUCCUAGAACCUCCCACAUCAGGUGGAUUUCUGAAGCUCUCCAAGCCCUGCUGUUACAUUUUUCCAGGAGGGAGGGGCGAUUCUGCAUUGUUUGCAGUGAAUGGAUUCAAUAUGCUCAUCAACGGAGGAUCAGAAAGAAAAUCCUGCUUCUGGAAGCUCAUCCGACACUUGGACCGAGUGGACUCCAUCCUGCUCACCCACAUUGGGGAUGACAAUUUGCCUGGAAUAAACAGCGUGCUCCAGCGGAAAAUCGCAGAGCUCGAGGAAGAACAGUCCCAGGGCUCCACCACAAAUAGUGACUGGAUGAAAAACCUCAUCUCCCCCGACUUAGGAGUUGUAUUUCUCAAUGUACCUGAAAAUCUGAAAAACCCAGAGCCAAACAUCAAGAUGAAGAGAAGCAUAGAAGAAGCUUGCUUCACUCUCCAGUACCUAAACAAACUGUCCAUGAAGCCAGAACCUCUGUUCAGAAGUGUAGGCAAUACCAUUGAUCCUGUCAUUCUUUUCCAAAAAAUGGGAGUUGGUAAACUAGAGAUGUAUGUGCUUAACCCAGUCAAGAGCAGCAAGGAAAUGCAGUAUUUUAUGCAGCAGUGGACUGGCACCAACAAAGACAAGGCUGAACUAAUCCUGCCUAACGGUCAAGAAAUAGAUAUCCCAAUUUCCUACUUAACUUCAGUCUCAUCUUUGAUUGUGUGGCAUCCAGCAAACCCUGCAGAGAAAAUCAUCCGAGUCUUAUUUCCUGGCAACAGCACCCAAUACAAUAUCCUGGAAGGACUGGAAAAGCUCAAACAUUUGGACUUCCUGAAACAGCCUCUGGCCACCCAGAAGGAUCUAACUGGCCAGGUGGCCACCCCUGCUGUGAAACAAGUAAGACUGAAGCAGAGGACCGAUAGCCGGGAGAGCCUGAAGCCAGCUGCAAAGCCACUCCCCAGCAAACCUGGGCGAAAGGAGUCAAAAGAAGAAACCCCUGAAGUCACAAAAGCUAAUCACGUGGAAAAGACACCCAAAGUUGAAAGCAAAGACAAGGUAAUGGUGAAAAAAGACAAACCAGUAAAAACAGAAACCAAACCUCCAGUGACAGAAAAGGAGGUGCCCAGCAAAGAAGAGCUGCCUCCGGCCAAAGCCGAGGGGCCUGAAAAGCAAGGCACAGACGUCAAACCCAGAGUCACCAAGGAGAAGACUGUGAAAAAGGAAACAAAGGCAAAGCCCGAAGAAAAGAAAGAGGAGAAGGAAAAGGAAAAGCCAAAGAAAGAAGUGGCUAAAAAGGAGGACAAAACACCUGUCAAGAAGGAGGAAAAACCAAAAAAGGAAGAGGUGAAAAAGGAAGUCAAAAAAGAAAUCAAGAAAGAAGAGAAAAAAGAAGUCAAAAAAGAGGUUAAGAAAGAAACCCCACUGAAGGAAGCCAAGAAGGAAGUUAAGAAGGAGGAAAAGAAGGAAAUUAAAAAGGAGGAAAAGGAACCCAAAAAAGAAAUUAAGAAACUUCCUAAAGACACAAAGAAAUCACCUACUCCCGUAUCUGAAGCAAAAAAACCAGCUGCAUUAAAACCAAAAGUACCCAAGAAGGAAGACACUGUCAAGAAAGAUUCUGUUGCUGCUGCACAGCUGAAGGAGAAGGGGAAAACUAAAGUCGUUAAGAAGGAAGGCAAGGCCGCAGAGGCUGUGGCCGUGGCCGCCGGCACCGUGGCCACUGCAGCGGCUGUGGCGGCAGCGGCUGGAGUAGCGACCACUGGCCCCGCCAAAGAACUCGAAGCCGAGAGGUCCCUUAUGUCAUCCCCCGAGGAUCUGACCAAGGACUUUGAGGAGCUGAAGGCUGAAGAGGUCGACGUAGCAAAAGACAUCCAGCCUCAGCUGGAGCUGAUCGAAGAUGAAGAGAAACUGAAGGAAAGCGAGCCCGUCGAAGCCUAUGUCAUCCAGAAAGAGACAGAAGUCACCAGAGGUCCCGCCGAGUCCCCCGAUGAGGGAAUCACCACCACUGAAGGGGAGGGUGAGUGCGAGCAAACCCCCGAGGAGCUGGAGCCCGUCGAGAAGCAGGGGGUGGAGGACACUGAAAAGUUUGAAGACGAAGGAGCGGGUUUUGAGGAGUCCUCCGAGACCGGAGACUAUGAAGAGAAGGCGGAAACCGAGGAGGCCGAGGAGCCAGAAGAGGACGGAGAGGAGAGGGUGUGUGUGAGCACCUCCAAGCACAGCCUGGCGGCGGAGGAGGAGGAGAGCGCCAAGGCUGAGGCCGACGGGCACGUCAAGGAGAAGAGGGAGUCGGUGGCCAGUGGUGAUGACCGAGCAGAAGAAGACAGGGACGAGGCUCUGGAGAAGGGAGAAGCUGAACAAUCCGAGGAGGAGGGCGACGAGGAGGACAGAGCUGAGGAUGCCAGAGAGGAAGACUACGAGCCCGAAAAGGCUGAAGCUGAAGAUUACGUGAUGGCUGUGGUUGACAAGGCUGCGGAGGCUAGCGGUGCCGAGGACCAGUAUGGAUUCCUUACCACAGCCACCAAGCUAGCAGGAGCCCAGUCUCCUGUCCAAGAACCUGCAUCUUCAAUUCACGAUGAGACUUUACCCGGAGGCUCGGAGAGUGAGGCCACUGCCUCCGACGAGGAGAAUCGGGAAGACCAGCCUGAAGAAUUCACUGCCACCUCCGGCUACACCCAGUCUACCAUUGAGAUAUCCAGCGAGCCCACCCCCAUGGACGAGAUGUCUACUCCUCGAGAUGUGAUGAGUGACGAGACCAACAAUGAAGAGACCGAGUCCCCAUCUCAAGAAUUUGUAAACGUCACCAAAUACGAGUCUUCACUGUAUCCUCAGGAAUACUCCAAACCUGCUGUGACAUCACUCAACGGACUUUCUGAAGGGUCAAAAACAGAUGCCACUGAUGGGAAGGAUUACAGUGCUUCAGCCUCCACCAUCUCACCACCCUCGUCCAUGGAGGAAGACAAAUUCAGCAGAUCUGCUCUACGUGAUGCCUACUGCUCUGAAGAGAAAGACGUGAGAGCCAGUGCCACGCUGGAGAUCAAAGACGCUGUCUCAGCAGUUUCAGGUGAAAAACUUAGCCCACCUAAGAGCCCGUCCCUGAGUCCAUCUCCAUCAUCACCCACAGAAAAGACCCCGCUGGGUGAACGUAGCGUGAACUUUUCUCUGACGCCCAGUGAGAUUAAAGUCUCAGCAGAGGCAGAAGUAGUCCCAGCAUCUCUGGAGGUGACCCAAGAAGUAGUGGAAGAACACUGUGCCAGUCCUGAGGAUAAGACCCUGGAAGUGGUGUCUCCAUCUCAGUCUGUGACUGGCAGUGCUGGCCACACACCGUACUACCAAUCUCCCACUGAUGAGAAAUCUAGUCACCUUCCCACAGAGGUCACUGAAAAACCAGCGGCAGUCCCAGUGAGCUUUGAAUUCAGUGAUGCCAAAGAUGAGAGUGAAAGGGCUUCCAUAAGCCCCAUGGAUGAACCUGUGCCUGACUCGGAGUCUCCUAUUGAAAAAGUUUUGUCUCCUUUACGGAGCCCUCCCCUAAUUGGAUCUGAGUCUGCAUAUGAAAGUUUUCCAAGUGCGGAUGACAAGGCUCCUGAUAGAUGUACCGAAAGCCCCUUUGAAGGAAAGAAUGGAAAAGAAGGCUUUCCAGACCAAAUAAGUCCAGUUUCUGACGUGACUUCCACUGGUCUUUCCCCAGACAAACAGGAAGGGAAAAGCACAGACUUUAUACCGAUAAAGGAAGACUUUGGUCAAGAAAAGAAAACUGAUGAUGUUGAAGCCAUGAGUUCUCAAGCAGGACUGGCUUUAGAUGAAAGGAAGUUAGGAGGAGAUGUUUCUCCUACACAAAUAGAUGUCAGUCAGUUUGGAUCUUUUAAAGAAGACACUAAGAUGUCCAUUUCUGAAGGCACUGUCUCAGACAAGUCAGCUACCCCUGUGGAUGAGGGUGUGGCAGAAGACACAUACUCUCACAUGGAGGGUGUGGCCUCGGUCUCCACAGCUUCUGUGGCUACGAGCUCAUUUCCAGAGCCGACAACAGAUGAUGUGUCUCCUUCGCUGCAUGCUGAGGUUGGUUCCCCACAUUCCACUGAAGUAGACGACUCCCUUUCAGUGUCUGUCGUGCAAACACCUACCACUUUCCAGGAAACAGAAAUGUCUCCGUCUAAAGAAGAAUGCCCAAGACCAAUGUCAAUUUCUCCACCAGACUUCUCCCCUAAAACAGCCAAGUCUAGGACACCAGUUCAAGAUCACAGAUCUGAACAAUCCUCGAUGUCUAUUGAAUUUGGCCAGGAAUCCCCUGAGCAUUCCCUUGCUAUGGACUUCAGUCGUCAGUCUCCAGAUCAGCCUACAGUGGGUGCAAGUAUGCUUCACAUCACUGAAAAUGGGCCAACUGAGGUGGACUACAGUCCUUCUGACAUGCAGGACUCUAGUUUAUCACACAAGAUCCCACCAACGGAAGAGCCGUCCUACACCCAAGAUAAUGAUCUUUCUGAGCUCAUCUCAGUCUCUCAGGUGGAGGCCUCCCCAUCCACCUCCUCCGCACACACCCCUUCUCAGAUCGCUUCUCCUCUCCAAGAAGAUACUCUAUCUGAUGUUGUUCCUCCCGGAGAUAUAUCCGUAUAUGCCUCACUCACCACUGAAAAAGUGCAAAGUCUGGAAGGCGAGAAGCUCUCACCAAAAUCUGAUAUCUCUCCACUCACCCCGAGAGAGUCCUCUCCUUUGUAUUCCCCUAGUUUUUCAGACUCUACCUCUGCAGUCAAAGAGAGCACAGCAGCUUGCCACACUGCCUCUCCCCCACCAAUGGGUGCAGCAUCUGCAGAGCCGUAUGGCUUCCGUGCCUCCAUGUUAUUUGAUACGAUGCCACACCAUCUAGCCUUGAAGAGAGAUUUGACCACAUCCAGCCUGGAGAAGGACAGUGGAGGGAAGACACCUGGAGACUUCAGCUAUGCCUAUCAGAAACCUGAGAAGACAACCAGGUCCCCAGAUGAAGAAGGUUACGACUAUGAGGCUUAUGAGAAAACUACCCGGACCCCAGAUGUGAGUGGCUAUUACUAUGAGAAAACAGAGGGCACCACCAAAUCCCCAUGUGACACAGGCUACUCCUAUGAGACCAUUGAGAAAACCACCAAGACUCCCGAAGAUGGUGGCUAUGCCUAUGAAAUUACUGAAAAGCCCACACGGAGUCCUGAAGAGUCUGGGUAUGCAUACGAGAUAAGUGAGAAGACAAUAAGGACCCCUGAAGUGAGUGCUUAUAGCUACGAAAAGACUGAGCGGUCUCAAAGGCUCCUGGAUGACAUCAGCAAUGGCUAUGAUGACUCUGAAGAGGGUGGCCACACACUUGGGGAUUCCAGCUACUCUUAUGAGACCACUGAGAAAACUGCCAGUUUCCCUGGGUCUGAAAGUUACUCCUAUGAGACAUCGACAACAACUAUACGAACCCCUGUUACCUCCGCAUACUGUUAUGAGACCCCCGAUAAAAGUGCUAGAACCCCCCAGGCGUCUACAUAUGCCUAUGAGACUUCAGACCAGUGCUACACUGCUGAAAAGAAGUCCCCCUCCGAGGCUCGCCAGGAUGUUGACUUAUGCCUUGUGUCCUCCUGUGAAUACAAGCAUCCCAAGACGGAGCUUUCACCCUCCUUCAUUAAUCCCAAUCCUCUCGAGUGGUUUGCCAGUGAAGAGCCAACGGAAGAAUCGGAGAAGCCCCUCACCCAAUCAGGGGGAGCCCCACCACCUCCUGGAGGAAAGCCCCAGGGCCGACAAUGUGAUGAAACCCCUCCCACCUCAGUCAGCGAGUCAGCCCCAUCCCAGACCGACUCUGAUGUCCCCCCGGAGACAGAAGAAUGCCCCUCCAUCACAGCUGAUGCGAAUAUCGACUCGGAAGAUGAAUCAGAAACCAUCCCCACAGACAAAACCGUCACGUACAAACACAUGGAUCCACCUCCGGCCCCCAUGCAGGACCGCAGCCCUUCUCCACGCCACCCUGAUGUGUCCAUGAUGGACCCGGAGGCCUUGGCCAUUGAGCAGAACCUGGGCAAAGCUCUGAAGAAGGACCUGAAGGAGAAGACCAAAACCAAGAAGCCAGGUACAAAGACCAAGUCGUCCUCACCUGUCAAGAAGAGUGAUGGGAAGUCCAAGCCCUCUGCAGCGUCACCCAAGCCAGGGGCCUUGAAGGACUCCUCAGAUAAGGUGUCCCGAGUGGCUUCUCCUAAGAAGAAGGAAUCUGUGGAAAAAGCAACGAAAACCACCACCACUCCUGAGGUCAAAACCACACGUGGAGAAGAGAAAGACAAGGAGACCAAGAAUGCCGCGAACGCCUCCACAUCCAAAUCGGUAAAGACGGCGACUGCAGGGCCAGGAAACACCAAGACAUCCAAGCCCUCGGCUGUGCCUCCAGGCCCCCCUGUGUACUUGGACCUGUGCUAUAUUCCCAACCACAGCAAUAGUAAGAACGUCGAUGUUGAAUUUUUCAAGAGAGUGAGGUCGUCCUACUACGUGGUGAGUGGGAAUGACCCCGCUGCUGAGGAGCCCAGCCGGGCUGUCCUGGACGCCUUGUUGGAAGGGAAGGCCCAGUGGGGCAGCAACAUGCAGGUGACCCUGAUCCCAACUCAUGACUCGGAAGUGAUGAGGGAAUGGUACCAGGAGACCCAUGAGAAACAGCAGGAGCUCAACAUCAUGGUUUUAGCAAGCAGCAGUACCGUGGUUAUGCAAGAUGAGUCCUUCCCUGCAUGCUUCUCUAGAAAUGCAGCUUUUAUUUAUUACCCUAUUUCUUUGAAGUCCUUAAGAACAACGCAUCGAUUUAGGGUACAAAAAAACGAGCACACGAUGGAAAACACAUUGUGACAAAAAAGGAUUUCAGUGAGUAUAAACUCACCUACUUAAAAGGUAUUUUAAGAGACAACCUCUAAGAUACUCAAGAUGAUAAUUUAAUAAUUAGUUGUUAAGUUGGUUCACAUGAUGCAUUGGAAGAGAAACAGAUUUCCAGCCUUCUUGCCAAAUCCAGACCUCUGGUUGAUUUUUCUUUGAUAGAAGAUGGAAUUAUUUUCCAAUUUCCCAAAUUAAAUUUAUUUAACAUGUACAUUAUUUUGCUUUAAGAAAAAAACCAAACAUUUUAGGAAAAUUAUAGCCAGUCUUCAAUUAUAACCGUUCAAUCCCACUCCUUUUUUUUUUUUUUCUUUUCUUUUUUGCUAUGGAAUUUAAUGGAAAAAAUAUACAAAAGCUGUCACUGGUCAGCUGGCUCUUUUUCCUAUGAAAUAGAUCAGUACCUUUCUCCAUCCAUUGUUCUCAGUGAUGACCACAGAGCCUGAAUAUAACAGGAACACCAAUAUUUACAUUACAGGUUGCUCCUGUCCUUCCAGACACCUUUCCUACCUGUGUGACUAACCUAAUUUUGCUAGUUUCAUAAAUACACAAUUAGUUUAGUAACAGCCAUCACAAUGUACCAUGUACAUUCAUGGUGAGAGCUAAAGAUUGACACAGACUUCUAGGAGCUUUGUUCAUACUGAUUACUUAAUCCAAUUGUAUAGAUUGAAUAUUUGAGUGAAAGGAAUUUACACUCUGUUUAAAUGAUGGGAUUCCAUCGAGCUAGCACUCAUGAUCCUGAACUUUUUGGUGGUAAUUCUUAAACUUCUACAGAGACUAGACGUUAGAGAUGAUCCUCCAUUUUCAAUUUUAACUAAUUCUAUCCCCUUUCUCAAAACCCAAUCCCUGUGCAUGCUUUCUCAGUCUUGUGGUGGGGCUGGAUACAGUGACUGACCCUUCCCCCCCUUCCCAACCCUUAAAUGCCAUUUUCCAUGGUGUUCCCCCCAAAAAUGGUUUUUUUUCUUAACCUUACAUGUCAUAGUAAAUGGUUUCCCCAGUGUAUAUGAAUGUUUUAAGUGUCUCCAAUAGCUUACACAGUUUAGGAGCUUUCCAGUACUCAUUUAAUAAGAUUUAAUCAUUUGCUAAUGGAAAUUUUACCACUUCCCAUUUUACCUGUUACCAAAUUUCAGCUCUCAGGAGCUGCUCUACAAUUCUGAAAUUGCUUUUCUUGCCUCUUCAGUCACCUGUCACAGGAGGUUCUUGCUCAGUAAUGACAUUGUGAGUUAGAUUAAUAACUUUUUUUUGCGCUUCAGAUUUAGAAGAAAAGACCCUGUUUCCAUCUGAAAGGAACUGUAAGCUUUUAUCUUUUAACCAACUGAACAACACACCAAAAGCAGCCUAGGGGAUGAGCAUUUCUUUGAAAGCGAUUAGGUUAUUCACCUGGUAUUAAAACUAUUUACUAUGAAAAAAAAUCUGUGACUUUAUUAAUUUAAAAGGCAGCAUCAACAACUGAAAAGGAAGGGAAGAAAUAAAUAGCUUCUCUGCACUCAUUUGGAGCUCCCCCAAAAAGGAGCCAUCGAGAUGGGACAUCAAGACCGGGGCUGCCCUUUUCAGAACGCCCCUGCGGCACUGAGUCAGGCUUACGGCGCUGCACGCAGCCCUUCUCCUUCCACCCUGGAAGGACAUGGUCUUGAGCCUGGCUGAGAAGCACCUCCCACUCCUCUCUCUUGUUCUGAAUGGUGUUUGUGUCAGUCUGCAGCUGUGUAUGGUAUUAUGUCUUAUAAUCCUGCAUCACUUCUAUCCUAUCCAGUCAUAUCUAAUGUAGAAAAUUAGUUUCCAGUGAAAGUAAUAUGUAGUGCUUUUAUGAUAUUUGUGUGCAAUAUCCCCUCUUCCAUUGAGGAUAUUUGAUGUAAAAGAAACAAAAAGAAACACCUCACUUCCACAAUAAAAUACAAAAGUGGCAAAAGUU